AUCCAUCGCAACUCUCGACUUACCCACCCACACCAGCUGCAUCUCACCCAACCCGCCCACUUUCAAACCACAUUUCACCUCCCCCACCUUUACCAAAAAUGCCUCCCAAAGCGCAGAAGACUCCCACCACCGGCGGCAAGGCCCCGGCUGGAAAGGCACCCGUUGAGAAGAAGGAGGCUGGCAAGAAGACCGCCGCUCCCUCUGGCGAGAAGAAGAAGCGCACCAAGACCAGGAAGGAGACCUACUCCUCAUACAUCUACAAGGUUCUCAAGCAGGUCCACCCCGACACUGGUAUCUCCAACCGCGCCAUGAGCAUCCUGAACUCGUUCGUCACCACAACGCACAUCUUCGAGCGCGUCGCCACUGAGGCCUCCAAGCUUGCCGCAUACAACAAGAAGUCCACCAUCUCGUCGCGCGAGAUCCAGACCUCAGUCCGUCUGAUCCUACCCGGUGAACUCGCCAAGCACGCCGUCUCUGAGGGCACCAAGGCCGUCACAAAGUACUCUUCAUCCACCAAAUAGAGUGCCUUUCUUCGACGUGUCUUUCUUUGGGUUUCUUCGCUUGUCUUUUCCGAUGAGCAGGCUAUGGGGUGCGGUGUUCAUGGGUCAUUUCCGAUAAUGUGAUCAUGGGUCGGUUUGCUUGUUUCUCGUCAUUCGAGUCAUGAUUUGACUACGAGGUCCAUCAUCACUGGGUCUGUAUAUUAUACCACAGCAGACGGGAACGAAUCAAUUCUUCAAACUUCA